AUGGUUGAGCACAUGAUGGAUCCGUGGUUCGGCAACGCCAAGUCCCCAGUACUUGGGGGUACCCCGGAUUCGCCGCGCGAUGUUCCGCCUUUUCCAAGGGCCUUCCACGGGGGCCUCAGGGCUGCCAAAUCUCGCUGGGCCGCCAAAUCUCGCUGGAUCCCCAAGGCCCCCUUGACCCCCCCGUCAGCGGCCUGCCUACUGCGUGCCCAUAAUUUCACAUGCCAGGGAAGCGCGCCGUCUGAAACCGACGUCACCACCGGCAUCCCAACAAAGAUCCACCCCGUGCCAGGGUCCCCCAAUUCUUCUCCGUUUGCCCUCCGUUUGCCAUUUCAUACAAAGUCGACCGAGUGCCCAAAGAGACCUGCAGGCCAGGCUGCUCGCCCAAUUGUCCCGUCGUCCUCUCGGAAACGUGUUUCGCAAAGUACAAGCACGGGAUACCACUCCGUAGUACUACUAUUCGGCACGAUGCAGUACGUGCGAAACCUCAGCGACUCGGUUUCCACGGCCUGGAAUUCCAUCAACCCGGCCACGCUCAGCGGUGCCAUUGACGUGAUUGUCGUCGAGCGCGAUGAUGGCACCUUGGCUUGCUCGCCCUUCCAUGUCCGCUUCGGCAAGUUUUCGCUCUUGCGCCCGUACGAGAAGAAGGUCGAGUUCCGCAUCAAUGGCUCCAAGCAGCCCUACUCCAUGAAGCUGGGCGAGGGCGGCGAGGCCUUCUUCGUCUUUGAGACGUCUGAUUCUAUCCCGGAAUCGAUGCAGACGUCCCCGCUGGUUUCUCCCGCAAGCAGCCCGCCUUUUGGGCCGGCAGAUGAUGCCUCGUCCGCCCUGCAAGAGCCGGACACUCUGGAGCUUGACGGAGAGCCAGCAAAGGCCCGUCGCCCAUCGCCCGCCAUUAUCCAGCCCGAUGAGAACGGCAUGAUUACGCCUCUGUCGUCCUCCCCGCCGCUCUCCAGCUCCCAUCCUGGCCCUGGCGGUGACUGGCGCGGGGCCUUCGACCGACCUCACAGCGACGACAUCUUGAGAAAAACCACACGACACAAUGACGAAGCCAUUUCGGACAACGAAAGCCCUUCCGAGUCUGAACGGUCACACAGCCCUCCGAUGCUUGGACCCACGGAGGCCAUUGCACGCGCUAGGGCCUUGUCCAAGGGAUUGUCUGCGGUCAACAUUCCAACUCACAUUACCGAGACGGGAGACCUUAUGCUGGACAUGACGGGCUUCAAGAGCAACGAGGAGGACAUGCUUCGUGCCGAAGUCCUUGCACGCAACAUUCUUUCUGAGGAAAUGGACGGCAACUAUGACAUCGGAGCCUUGUUUGGGUUUGAUGAAGAGGGCAACCUUUGGGUCUACAGCAGCGAAGACGCCAAGCAGGCCGCCAUGAACAAGACUAUUGAGUCGUCAUUGCAAGCACACCGCCGCGCGGUUGCUGCCGACGCCAUAUCGGAUCCGGGCUACCAAAGCGAUGGCAGCGACGUCACCACCGCACCACACAUUCCCUCUCACCGGCGUUCAGAGUCUGAUGCUGGUCCUGGCGGCAUGCACACGCCCCCUCGAAGCCCGACCGGCUCCCUUCAGCCCCCCAAGAGCUACGCUAAGACACUUCGAUUGACUAGCGAUCAGCUGAAGGACAUGAGCCUCAAGUACGGGGAGAACUCGAUGAGCUUCACAGUCAACCGAGCAACGUGCGCGGCCAACCUGUAUCUGUGGAAGCACGAUACGCCCGUGGUCAUUUCGGACAUCGACGGCACCAUCACCAAGUCGGAUGCCCUCGGUCAUGUGCUCAACAUGAUUGGCCGAGACUGGACUCACUCUGGCAUCGCAAAGCUCUAUAGCGAUAUUGCCCUGAAUGGAUACAACAUCAUGUACCUGACGAGUCGCUCGGUCGGACAGGCCGACACGACUCGGGCCUACCUGAACAACAUUGUCCAGGAGGGCUUCAAAAUGCCCCACGGCCCAACCAUUCUGUCUCCCGAUCGGACCAUGGCUGCGCUGCGCCGCGAGGUCUAUCUACGAAAGCCUCACGUGUUCAAGAUGGCAACCUUGCGAGACAUUCGAAACCUGUAUGGCCCGGACGGCGGUCCCUUCUACGCCGGGUUUGGCAACCGUCUCACAGACCAGAUUUCCUACCGAACGGUGGAUGUGCCACGAACCCGCAUCUUCACCAUCAACUCCAACUCGGAAGUAUCGCUUGACCUCCUGAGCCUUAACAAACUCAAGAUGACCUAUGUCAAUAUUAAUGAGGUUGUGGACCACUAUUUCCCCCCUGUCGACACCCUGGUCAGGGGUGGCGGGGAGGAUUACACCGACUUCAUGUACUGGAGAGAUGACCCCCUCCAGAUUGAUGAUUUCUCGGCUAGCGAUAGCGAAGAUGAUGACCAGGGCAGCACUUACACCGAUGAGGAGGGGGACGAGGAAUUGGAAGAGGAAGAGGAAGAGGAAGAAGACGAUGAAGAGGUUGGUGAAGGGCUCGCAGACAGCUACAUCUCGCACGAGGACUACGAGGGCGACGACAUUCUCGAGAGCAUCGAGAAUGAAGAUGCCGAUGACGAGGAGAAUUACGAAGAUGAAGAUGCCGAGGCAUCGGACGAUGACACCCGGGUGGUGGAAGAUGUCCCAGCCGAGAUCAUCACUGGGAACGUUUCCGGCGCCGUCGAGCAGGAGCACGACCUGCCAGCUCUCGAGGUACCCGUCGAGAUUCGAACGCCCACGAUUCCGUCGUAA